AUGAUGAAGGCCGCCAAUUCGCUUGCCUCCCGGGGAUCUAAGCUCCUAGCUGGCGAGACGCCCUUCAGGUUGAAUGGGGGUGCGCUGCAUCAAUCGCCCGCCCCGCGUCGGCGGCGCCUGGAGGUGCAGGACGCGGUGAAGGAGGUGUUCAUGCCGGCGCUGAGCUCCACGAUGACGGAGGGCAAGAUCGUGUCGUGGCUCAAGUCGGAGGGCGACGAGAUCAAGAAGGGGGAGGCGAUCGUGGUGGUGGAGUCGGACAAGGCGGACAUGGACGUCGAGUCCUUCAACGACGGCUUCCUGGGCUCCAUCGUGGUGCCGGAAGGCGGCGUGGCCAACGUGGGGGAGGCCAUCGCCUUCAUCGCGGAGCAGGAGGCGGAGAUGAAGGAAGCCAAGGCCAAGGCCGGGGGCGCCGCCCCUGCGGCCAAGCCCGCCGAGGCCGAGGCCCCCCCCCCGCCCUCUCCUCCCACCGCCAAACCUGAAGAAAACGCCGCGCCUGAUGCCAAAUCUGCACCUGCGCCACCCCCCCCCGCCCCCGCGCCAGCUCCCGUUGCCGCCGCGGUCGCGCGCACGGACGGCCGGAUCAUCGCCACGCCUUACGCCAAGAAGCUGGCCAAGCAGCUGAAGGUGGACCUGGCGGUGGUAGCCGGGUCGGGCCCCGCGGGGCGCAUCACGGCGGCGGACGUGCAGGCCGCGACGUCGAACGGCGCCAAGGCGCCGGUGGCGGCCCCGGCCAAACCGGCGCCGAGCGCGCCGCCCGCGGGCGGAUCUCCGGCGCCCGCCGCGCCCCCGCCGGCGGCCUCCACCACGGUGUCCGAGCUGAGGGGCACCACUGAGCCGAUGAGCACGAUGCAGCUGUCCGUGGCGCAGAACAUGGUCAACAGCCUGCAGGUGCCUGAGUUCCGCGUGUCGAUGAAGAUCACGACUGAUGACCUGGACGCUCUGUACCAGACUCUCAAGCCACAUGGUGUCACAAUGACCACGUUGUUGGCAAAGGCGUGCGGUGUUGCCUUGGCACAGCAUCCACUCCUGUUCUCAAGCUGCACUCCAGAUGGCAAGGGCAUAACUUACAAUGAGCACGUCAACGUUGCCGUCGCUGUUGCGAUGCCUGAUGGUGGUCUCAUCACGCCCGUCCUGAAGGACUGUGACACGACGGACAUAUACACACUCUCCAGGGACUGGCGUGACCUCGUCAAGCGGAGCAGAGCCAAGAAGCUGGCCCCUGACGAGUACAACAGCGGGACCUUCACCCUGUCAAAUUUGGGCAUGUUCGGUGUGGAGUCAUUUGAUGCUAUCCUGCCUUUCGGCUCCUCCGCAAUCUUGGGUAUCGCGGGCAGCCAGCCUUGCGUUGUGGCCACCGAGGACGGGAUGAUCUGCGUGAAGAAGCAAAUGACUGUCAACAUGACCUGCGACCACCGGGUAGUGUACGGUGCCCAGGCGGCAGAAUUCCUGCAGACGCUCAAAGGCAUCAUCGAGAGCCCUGAGCUGCUGACCUUGUAG